AUGACAAUAAUAAAUACAUCAAAUUCAUCAUCAAUCAUUAUUUUAAUUUUAAUUGGAAUUUGUCUUAGUCUUAUUGCAUUAAUAACUGCACUUGGAAAUAUAAUUGUACUUUUAGCUUUUUAUUGUGACAAAAAUUUGCGAACAAUCAAUGAUUAUUUUAUAUUAAAUAUGGCAAUAGCGGAUUUUCUUGUUGGCUCUUUCUGUAUUCCAUUUUAUAUUCUAUUCAGUAUGACACAGUUAUGGCCAUAUGGAAGUCUUUUUUGUAAAAUAUGGGUUACAAUUGAUGAUGUUGCAACAAUGACUAGUGUUAUUAAUAUAGUAGCAAUUAGUAUUAACCGUUAUUGGUCAAUAGCUUAUCCUAUAUCAUAUCGAAAAUAUGUGAAACAACAUUUUGUUUAUUUAGUAAUGGGAGCUAUAUGGUGUUUUUCUUUUAUUAAUUUUGCUCCGGGUAUUUGGUUAUUAAAUUUAUUUAAUAAUAAUAAUAUAACACGUAGUGAUUGUUCAGGUGAUUAUAAUCGUUCAUUUGUAUAUAUGUUAAUAGCACAAUUCAAUUAUUUUAUUUGGCCAUUUAUUGUUUUAUGUGUUCUUAAUAUGUUAAUAAUGUUAAAUAUACGGAAACGAAGUCGAAAAAUGAAUCGUCUUAUGUCAUUUAAUCAAUAUGCAAAAAAUCGAGAACGAAAUAUUGGUUCAUCAUCAUUAGUAACAAGUAAAGAUACAGAUGAUGAUCAACAUUUGUCAAUAUUAUCUAAAAAUAAAAUAAAUUUAAUUGAAUGUUAUCCAUCAAAAAUAACUAAAGAAGAAAAUGAAAAUAUUGAUAAAUUUAUUCGUGUUCAAUUAUCUUCUUCAAAUAAAAAUCUUUCAAAUUUAUUUAAUCAAAAUAAUAAAUCAUCAAAUAAUUGUCAACAUACAAUUACACAUUUACCAUCACUUAUUUCUUCAUAUUCAACAAUUAUUCAAAAACAAUCUUCAACUAUAAAUGAAAAAGAUUCAAAAGAAACUUGUAAAUCAUCAUCAAUGUUAUAUUUAUCAAGAAAAUGUGCAAGUGUUAAUUUUUCUUCUUCAUAUGAUUAUCGUAGUGAUUCAUUUAUUGACUAUCGAAUUGGAAGUGAAACUGAAGUAUCAAGAUCGAUAAUAAGUGAAUUACGUUCACAAAAUCAUUUAAAUAAUAAUAAAAAAUAUAAAAGAUAUCGUCAAUAUGAUUCAAGAAUUAUUCGAGAUCGUAAAGCAGCACGUUCUUUAUUUAUUCUUGUUAUUGUUUUUCUUAUAUUUUUAUUUCCAUAUGUUAUUUGUGCAAUAGCUUUAACAGCUAAUGCAAAUAUAUCUGGAAUUAUAUUUGAAAUAUCAUUUUGGCUUUUAUGGUUAAAUUCAACAUGUAAUCCAUUUCUUUAUCCAUUUAUACAAAUAAAAUAUCGACAUGCUUAUAUGAAAUUAUUUCAAUCUUGCUUAAAAUAUAUUACAUUUUCACGAUCAAAUCAUUCUUUUUAA